AUGUCUGGAGGAAGUCUCCUAUUUGCUGCUUACACAGUGCUCCUUCUUCUUCUUCUUCUUCUUCUUCUUCUUCUUCUUCAUGUUCCUUCCUCUUGUCCCCAAACAGCUUCCAAUAAUAUUACAGCUAAUAAAGCUCAUGAUAACUCUGAUUGUACCCGUUCUUGUGGAAAUAUUAACAUAAGCUCUCCAUUCCGAUUGAAAGGAGACUCUGAACACUGCGGCGACAAAAGCUUCGAGCUAUCUUGUGAGGCCAAGGGAAAUGGUACUACUCCUCAUGCAGUGCUAUCCUUGUUUUCAGGAAAGUACUACGUACAAGCAAUCAAUUACAAUAACUUCACAAUCCGACUUGUGGAUGCUGGUGUUCACAAGAUCAAGGACAACUACUUCUCCCACCCACUCUACUCCUUGACCCCCUUCAACUUUUCUUAUUAUUACUCUGAUUAUACAGGUCCUUAUGAUUACCCAGAUGCAUCAUCAAUGUCUAUAAUCUUCCUGAGCUGUGAAAAUCCAAUGAAUCCUUCCGAUCUCAUUGUUGAAACAGCUCCAUGCAUCAGUGGGGUCAACAAAUAUUCUUCUUUCUCCAAUUUAACAACAUAUUCUUAUUUCAUAAAAUUUCGGGCUGGGAGUGGCUAUGCGAAUGGCCCAAGGUCAUACAAUUUGGGGGAUUCCUGCGAAAUAACACUAAUGGUUAUGGUGUCCCCUUCAACUGAGGAGCACAUGACGUCUUGCAAAGGAAUAUAUAAUGAAAUAGCGCAUGGCUUUGAACUCUCAUGGCUUCGUCAUGCAUGUAUAGGAAAGUGCGAAUCAUGGGAAUUUUGCUGGCUGAACAGCACCGGCAAUCAGAGGCGGAGCCACAGUGGGGUCGUCGGGGUCGGACGACCUCUUGGAAGCCAUGGAAAUAGCCUUGGAGGUCCCUUGGAGCUGCUGGCGCGACCUCUUGGAGCUGCACACCACGUGGUCGACGGAAUGCUUGAAAGAAGAAAACAGAACAGCUGA